AUGCGCUUAAUCGUUUGCCUUUCCAUCGUAUCGACCCUUGGUUGUGCCAUGGCGUCGUCUCCGGCAACCCGGCAUGCACCUGGUUCCAGACGAGGGCUCCCCCCUUGGAACCCCGACCAGGAGAGGCACGACGAGAAGAAGCCCGAACAGGAGCAGCCUGGUUUGAGGAAAUAUCAGGCCCGUGAGGGUUACGAGAUCGACACUGUGUGCAGCGGAAAGAGAUUCAAGUACAAUUGGGAACAUUCUAACUGCUUCAUCCACGGCAAAUGCGAGGGCCUCGCCUAUCGAAUGCCCAUAGACGAGUACAGGACUCAAUGCGAGGCGGUUUGCAAGUGCGAGGAGUUCCAAAAGGAUUGCACAAAGGCAAAGGCCGACGAAACCCACAAACAAUUCCCCCCCGUUUUUUUUAACGUUCGAAGAAGGGGCCUUCUCACAUGGCCGUAA